UUAAACUCGUUUCUUCCACAUAAAACGAAAGCAAUACACGCGAGUUUAGGGGUAAAGCACAGCUGGUUGUGUUUACAUCUAACCAACGGGCCGGGAAAAAUCUGGGUUGUUUCAUAUCUUCUAAAUGGACGCCGGGCAAACAAAUUAUGUUGGUUUGCUUAAUGAACGUGCACAAAAAAAAGGCUGGACUGUGCGUUUUGAUCUAGUGCAGACUGUUGGACCAGAUCACAUUAAAACGUUCACUAUGAGGGUAGUGAUGAAUGAUAGGAGCUAUCCUGAAGGAGUUGGACGAAACAAGAAAGAAGCCAAGCAAAAUGCUGCAAAGAAUGCCUUCAGAGUUUUGGAAAAUGAUGAACCGGUUAAUACAGAGACAAUUUUGAACUCUUCUGCCAGUGUCUUACCUGUUACUCAAGCUAACUUCAUCUGCUGGUUGAAUGAAUACUCUCAUAAGGAAAGACUACCUUUCAAACCUAAGGAAACCACCAAGAUGAGUCAAGGCUCUAACAUCCAAAUGUGCCGUUAUGUUUGUAAUUAUGUCUGUGGGGAUAAAGAAUUCCCUGAAGCUACUGGCAACAGCAAGAAAGAGGCCAAGGAGGCAGCAGCAAAACUUGUUUAUGAGCUUCUUACAGAACAGGAAAAAGAGCAAGUCAUUGAUGAAAACGGCAACGGGGAAGAAACUACUGAUAUCCAAAACCUCGGCACCGGUCUAAAGCGGAGCUCACCUGUAGAUACUGAGAACACAACAGCAGACAAGAAUUUCAUAGGGCUCCUUAAUGAUUACUGCCAAAAAUCUAAACAAGUAGUCGAUUUCAAAAUCGUGGAGCGAAGAGGGCCUGCACAUGAUCCUCAAUUUGUAUACAAGUUCAUUAUAAGUGGCAAAGAAUAUCCUGAAGCAUGUGGAAAGACUGCGAAAGAGGCAAAACAAAAAGCAGCUCAGCUAGCCUGGAGUGAACUUCAUGACUCUGAUUUCAGCAGUCAGGUUUCAUCACCAUCCUCAAUGAGCGAGUCAGCAGACGGUGUCAGCUCGUCGCAGAAGAUUUCUAAAAAUGAUAGUAAAUCUGAGUCUAUUGUCUUCAAAAGCACAUCUUCUGUACCAGAACCACAACCGUUAGAUGUUAAACCAAAAAGACAACUAGCUGCAGUCUUUCAGAAUUCACCAGUAAACAAUAAAAAGCAAUCCAAUAUUAAUUCACCCGAAAUGGCAAAACCCUCAACAAAGAGUACCACAAUCUCCAAACAACAGCCAACAAAAUCAAGAUUUUUAGAAGAGUUCAAUAGAGAGUCAAUAACUCGAAUUGGAAAAGGAGGUUUUGGUCGUGUUUUCAAGGCCAGACGAGAGCUUGAAGAUAAAAACUUUGCUGUCAAGAUAGUAAAGUAUGAUGAGAAAGCUCGCAGAGAGGUCAACGCUUUGUCUCGUCUUGUCCAUCCUAACAUAGUGCGUUACCACACGUCGUGGACUGAAGAGACUGAGUACAGAGAUGACGCAUCAGAAACUUGCAGCACUUCAUCCUCUGGCAGUGGAUCAGACUUCCUCUACAUUCAGAUGGAAUUCUGUGAGGGAGAAACUCUGCGUGAGUGGAUUGAGGAAAGGAACAAUCACCCUAAAAAAUACCCAGAACGGAGGCAGGAAGCAGCAGAGAUAAUAAAGCAGGUCUUGAAGGCAGUGAAGUACGUCCAUUUAAAGAAGCUCUUCCACAGGGACCUGAAGCCAGCAAACAUAAUGUUUGGGCAUAAUAAAGGAGACGUGAAGGUGGUAGAUUUUGGACUUGUUACCAAAGAAGAGGAAAAUGAUGAUGGAAAUCUACUGGAACGCACUAAGAGAGCCGGGACUCGUUCUUAUAUGAGCCCGGAACAGAGACAAGACAACAGAGACUAUUGCAAAAAGGUGGAUAUUUAUGCUGUGGGCCUUAUUUACUUUGAGUUGCUUUGGUGCUUUGCAACACAGAGCGAAAAACAAAAGCAAUGGGAUGAUAUACGAAGUAAGAAAUUUCCAGAAGAAUUCUCCAAAAGGUUUGAUUUUGAACACAAGCUAAUUGAACAAAUGCUGUGUGAAAAUCCUGACGGAAGACCAGAAGCCAGCGAUCUGCUCACAGAGCUGGAGCAGCACUAUGCCACCACGGCCUCUACAGAACACAAUGCAUACAAAGAAAACAGAACAUACUGAUAGGUGAUCUUCACUCUCACACUUCAAGAUUAUGUUCAAGACAUCAACGUGGAAAUGAACAGUCCAUAAAAUAUUAUUAUUAAUUAAUAGCUUUCAUAUGGUACUUUAAUGAUACUGAAUAACAGCCUGCUGUGCUAUUUUUGGGUCACGUCCUUUGUUUACGCUAGAUCUUUUCAAUCAUGUUUUAUAACGUCGUUUAUUGACUGUUUUAGCAAGGCUAGAAAUCAUGAAUUACAUAUUAAAAGCCGUUUAUGGAGUAGGUUAUUAAUGUUUUUGGUGGAGAAUAAGCAAAAAUAUUUAUUCAAAUUGUAUUAAAUGGUAGCUGGAUUGCUGGCAUUUUUAUGGGUACCCCAUAAGACUGAUCUCGUCUGUGAUUGAAUUAAAUAGAUUUGGGUCUUAUUCGGAGUCAUCGAGUCAUAUUGCUCGAGAUUUUUUCUAUGAAAAUACCCCAAUGUAUUAUUAUGCAAUAUUACUGUUUUGUGUUUAAAUACAAGAGGAAUCUAUCUUUGUUAACUCAACAUAUUUCUCUGAGGGUGUUGGUGUGACAUGGGUGACAAAUUUUGGUAGAGUUUAUAUAAUACAGUAAUUGUUUUUUUUUUUUUUUUAAUGUUUUCAAAUCAACUUUUCAAAUGGCAGUAGGGGGAAAGGUGGAUUUGGGAUGUGCAGUUAACAUAUCAUGAAUAUGAAUAUAUUAUUGCAUUCAUUAUCUAAAAUAAUGCCAAACAUGUUGUUAUUCAACUGGGAUUAUUAUUAAUGGAUUAAAAUAGCACCUUCCAGAGUACACAUUUUAGUGUUUGCUUUACACUAGCCUUUUGACUAAGUGUAGGCAUAUGCCUAUUAAUACCGUGUGUUUAUUAUUCUGAUCAAGUGUGGUUCAUAUGACAUGAUAUGAUUAUGUAUGACCGUUAUUAAGCAUCAAGAAGAAUCUGUAUUUAUGGGUGUUUGUCUCACAACAAACCUUAACAGCCAUCCUGAGCUUGAGAUGUCAUAGUGACAUCUUGAGACAUCAUGAAAGUGAGCACAUAGAUUACAAUAUGGUUUGACAGUUAGGGUUUAUGUCUGUUAUGAAUCCACAAAUGUGUUAAAUAAUGUAGUGUAUAAAAGGUAAUUUGCUGAGAUUAAGAGAGAACAAAGAACAGGUUUAUGCAUCGGAGGACAAGAUGAGGUGAGACCAGGGACAGAAAAGGUCUCAGAAAACUCUGGCUAAGUUGAAGCAGGUGUUGUGUUUUAUUUUGUUGUGUUGCAUUUCCUUUUUAAUUUUUCCCCCCAUCUAUUUUUGUGCAUCAAAAAAACUGUUCCUUCAUUAAAGAAUACAUCUGACAAGCAAAA